AAAUGUCUAUUUUUGAGGUUUGGUACUGUAGUAAGACUAUGUUUGGACGUAGUGACUGCUCGGCGGAAGGAUACCACACUGGAGUGAUUGAGUAUUGAGCUACACUAAAGGGCUCCACGUGAAACUUUUCUCUUGACAUUGUGAACGUGCUGCUCCAGCUGUCUUGGUAAAUGUGACCGCCUCCUUCCAGCUCCUUAUCGCAGAGGCCCAGUUAAAGUACAGAAUAUUGUACGACCUCCCUGCGGAAUCAGCACUUCUUUCAACAUAUAACACUCGCCCCAGAGGCAGAUUUCCUCUUUUCCCCAACCUGCAGUGCCCCGGACGCACCACAUCUACUCCUUCCCCUCUAACCUGAAUAAAUCAUAUAGUCAUGACCACCUCCCAGCCGAUUUUCUCCAAAGGAGAGAACUGCAAGCAAGGCUGGCACGACGCGAGCGCCGAUUACAAUGAGACCGACACACACCUGGAGAUUUUGGGGAAACCCGUCAUGGAGCGCUGGGAGACUCCCUACAUGCACUCCCUGUCGACUGUCGCAGCGUCCAAAGGUGGACGUGUCCUUGAGAUUGGCUUUGGCAUGGCCAUAGCUGCCACUAAAAUUGAAUCCUUUCCUAUUGAGGAACAUUGGAUCAUUGAGUGCAACGACGGUGUGUACCAAAGGUUGGAAGAAUGGGCAAAGUCUCAGCCUCAUAAGAUUGUUCCUCUUAAAGGUCUGUGGGAAGACGUGGUUCCCACCCUCCCUGAUGGUCACUUUGAUGGAAUCCUGUAUGAUACAUAUCCCUUGUCAGAGGAAACAUGGCACACUCACCAGUUUAACUUCAUUAAGGCCCAUGCUAAGAGGCUGCUGAAGUCUGGUGGCGUCCUCACCUACUGCAACCUCACCUCCUGGGGCGAACUGCUCAACUCCAAAUAUGACAACAUAGACAAAAUGUUCCAGGAAACGCAGGUGCCUCAGCUGCUAGAAGCUGGAUUCAAAAAGGAGAACAUCAGCACCACACUGAUGGACAUCAACCCACCGAAAGAAUGCAAAUACUAUUCUUUCAACAAAAUGAUUACACCAACUGUACUGAAAGAAUAAGCCACAGGCAUGAGCUUACAUACCUGUCUACUGUGCUUUUCAAUGUCUUGUUUUUGUUUUGCUAAACGCUAUCUGUUGUAUAGGGAGAAAGUGUAAAUCCAAAAAUUUUGUAUAAUUAAAAUUUUGUGGUUGGAGUCACAAAAUAUGUAUAAAUACACAUGCUAAUAAAAAAAAAGCACAAGACUGAA